AGGUUUCUCCAGUCAUUCCCGCGCAUAAUAACAACUAACAGCGUUCUUGGGAGGGAAAGAGGGAGAAAGGGAAGAAGCAGAGAAGAGAAAGAGGAGGGAGAAUCUCAAGGAUGCCUGUUGCUCGACCAGAGCUCUCUGAUGCUCGAGUCAUCGCUCAUGUCGACAUGGAUUGCUUCUACGUUCAAGUUGAACAAAGAAAACAACCAGAGUUAAGGGGCUUGCCAACUGCUGUGGUACAAUACAACUCCUGGAAAGGAGGGGGUCUCAUUGCUGUCAGCUAUGAAGCUCGCAAAUAUGGAGUGAAGCGUUCAAUGCGAGGAGAUGAGGCCAAGGAAGUUUGCCCACAAAUUCAUCUGGUUCAGGUCCCAGUUGCACGUGGUAAAGCUGACUUGAACUUAUACCGCAAUGCAGGUUCUGAGGUAGUAUCCAUUCUUGCUAGGAAGGGAAGGUGUGAACGUGCAUCAAUUGAUGAAGUGUAUCUUGACCUUACUGAUGCAGCCAAAACAAUGCUAUCAGAAAAUCCUCCAGAAAUGUUGGAAGCAGUAGAUGAUGAGGUUCUUAAAUCACAUGUUUUGGGCCCUGAUGAGGAUGAAAGAAAAGAAGUUGAAAAUGUAAGAGAGUGGUUCUGUAGGAGCAGUGCUGAACAUCGGGAUAAGUUGUUAGCUUGUGGAGCCAUUAUUGUGGCAGAUCUUCGUAUGCAAGUUUUGAAGGAAACCCAGUUUACAUGUUCUGCAGGCAUUGCUCACAACAAGAUGCUGGCGAAACUAGCAAGUGGCAUGAAUAAACCUGCACAACAAACUGUUGUUCCCUUCUCAUCCGUGGAAGGAUUGCUAGCUUCCUUGCCUAUAAAGAAAAUGAAACAACUUGGAGGAAAACUUGGGAACUCCUUACAAAGUGACCUUGGUGUGAACACUGUCGGUGAUCUAUUGCAAUUUCCAGUGGAAAAGUUACAAGAGCGAUAUGGCAUAAAUACAGGGACUUGGUUAUGGAAUAUUGCCAGAGGCAUCAGCGGGGAUGAAGUUGAGGGUCGUAUUCUUCCCAAGAGUCACGGUUGUGGGAAGAAUUUUCCUGGUCCACAGGCUUUGAGGAAAAUUACUUCUGUUCAACGCUGGCUAAAUGAUCUUUGUGAAGAACUAAGCGAACGGCUUCAAUCUGACUUGGAUCAAAACAAGCGGGUUGCACACACUCUUACCUUGCAUGCUCGGGCAUACAAGUCCAAUGACUCAGAUUCGCAGAGGAAAUUUCCUUCCAAAUCAUGCCCUUUAAGGUAUGGCACUGCAAAAAUCCAAGAAGAUGCCCUUAAGCUAUUCAACUCUGCACUAUGUGAUUUUUUGGGUUCACACAGAGGUGAAACCCAAGGAAAUCCAAACAGCGGAUGGGGUGUAACAGCUCUUUCUGUAUCUGCAAGCAAAAUAUUAGCUGCACCACCUGGAACAGCUUCAAUAUUGAGGUUCUUUCACAGUUGUGAACCAUCUUCGUCUUCAUCAGAGCAGAAUUUCAGUGAGAUCAUCCCAGAUUCUGUACCAUUGUCCCCCUCAGGAAGUUUAAGCUGUUCAGAACUUAAUCAAGCAGGGCCACAGAAAAGGUCUUCAGCGGAAGAAACCCAGAUCAACUGUGGAAGCUCUACUUUGAAUCGAGAUGAUCAGAAAAGGAAAAGUUCUAACUAUAAGGGAGGAUGUUCAAUUUUAGGAUACUUACAGGGCUCCAAACCUUCUUGCUCUUCAUCAAAAUAUGAGGGUGCUGAGAUAGCCCAAGAAGCUCUUCCUGUUCCACCGUCAGGAAUUGAAUAUUGUACAGAGCACAAUCCAGGUCGGCCAUUAAAAAGAUCUCCUGAGGAAGAAAACAGGGUCAGCCAACCUAGUUUGGAUCACAACCUACAAAGAAGGGAGAUGUGGACUUACAAAGUUGAUGAGAUUGAUCCCUCUGUGAUUGAUGAGUUGCCCCCAGAAAUCCAGGAAGAAGUCCGAGGCUGGCUUCGCCCUCCUAAGCGAGCUAAUCCUGUUAAACGAGGUUCUAGUAUCACUAAUUACUAUUUACCUUCCAGAAAGAUGUAAAAAGAUUAAUUGUUCAGAAUAUCCUCACUUUGUUUCAUUGAAAAAGGAAAUUAUAUCUUCCAAAACCUGAGAGCCAUUGUUGAUUCUGGUUAAUGACCUGGAUGGUUAUCUAUGUAGCAACUAGUGCAGGUUCUAGCAACUAUGAUUUCUUUGAAACAAAAUCUGUAUUCUAUGUAUUGGUACCUAUCACACAAGAAGGAAUUGCUUCAUCAACACUUCCAGCUACGGAGAAGAAAUGCUUGACUGUCAGUGUUGCUGUAGGGGAUUCAUACAGUUGUAAUGUAAGCAGUUAUGUGGUGAAACAUAUGCUGUAAGAUGUUUUUUAAAUGUUUAUUUUAUGAGAGUGGUACAUUCAUCAUAA